AAAUGACGGUGUAAAAUGAAUGGUAAUGAAAUUCGUACAGGAGGCUAGAGGGGUCAAUCGACGAAGCUCCGUUGCGGCGUUACUCGGCGUAGUUUUUCUCGGGACCUUCAGGAACGCGUUUCGCGUCACGAUCGACCAGGAUGUCGGACGAGAAGCAGAAACCGGUGAAGAAACAGGACAUAAAAUGGGCGGCGGUGCUUUGGUACAUUCACUUGCACGUCCUCGGUGUAUACGCCAUCUGGCUGAUGAUCACUUCCGCUAAGUGGAUGACCGUGCUCUUUACCUUAUUCAUAACGUCCAUCGGUUGUCUCGGCGUGACAGCUGGUGCCCACAGAUUAUGGGCUCACAGGAGUUACGAAGCAUCCGGACUGCUCAGAUUGUUCCUGACGUUGGCUCACACCCUCGCCGGAGUGGGACCGAUAUACGACUGGGUGCUGUACCACCGGCUUCAUCACAAGUAUUACGGGACCGACAAAGACCCGUACAACCACACGAAAGGAUUCCUUUACAGUCAUUACAUGGGAAACUUCCAGUCGCCGAAGGUCGACUACGAGCAAGCGAAGAUUGACAUCGACAUGCGUGACAUCGAGAACGACGGAUACGUUUGGGCGCAGAAGAAACUGUACUGGCUGAUAUUCGGUAUAUUUGGGUUACUGUUACCGCUGAACGCGCCAUUGGAGUACUGGGACGAGACGAUGGGUCUCACUGUGAUGAUCACCGGUAUCCUACGGUUCGCCAUUACGGUGAACGUCUCCUGGCUGGUGAACAGCGCGUAUCACAUCUGGAACGUCCAUGGGAAUAAGAUUCCACCAGACAGCAUCAGCGUUUUCUUAGUCAGGAAGUCCAAGUCGCUAGCUUACCAUUAUAUGAUCCUGAAGAGCGGCGAAUUCGGCACGUACGACUCUGGUUGCAGCACGUUCUUCAUAAAGAUGUGGUACGAGCUCGGGCUGGUCAACAAUCUGAUCACAACGACCUCCAACGACAUCAGAGAUGUCCUUCAUCAAGUGGCGAGGAAAAAGAUCACCAUGGACGGAGCGUUGAACAAGCUCAAAGAGAUGUCCGAGUACAACAUGAAAAAGAACCGACUAGUGGUCCAAUAAUCGAUCCAUUACCGCCAUCGUGUAGAUUCGUUGAGAAGCUCGGAAAUUUCAGCUUUCACGUCCAUUAACCCCUUGCCUUAUAACAACGAGACAGACACGUGAUGAUAAUUUUAAAGUGGAUUUAAUGAACAUGUAUACUAUUCAAUUUCUUUGAAUCGAAAUGAAAUUCUGUUUCAUUGUUAUUAAUAUUUAAGAUUUAGAGUAAAUGUUACA